CGCGCCGCCCCCGCGGCAUGAUCCGCGGCGCCUGGAUGUACCCCCGCGGGGGCGCCGGCGGCGGGGCGGUGUGCUGCGCGCCGCGCCGCAGCGACAAACCCGUGGCCGACCCCGAGCGGGCGCAGAAAUGGCGCCUCUCGCUGGCCUCCCUCCUCUUCUUCACCGUGCUCCUCUCCGACCAUCUGUGGCUCUGCGCCGGGGCCAAGCUGCGCGCGCGGGAGCGGAGCGGCGCGGGGAGGCCGCGGGGCCGAACGGCCCGAGCGCUGCAGGAGCCGCCCGCCGGCAGCUGCGAGGCGUUCCUGGGCAACCUGAGCCGCGCGCCGGGCCCCGCGCCGUGCCCCGCAGCCCGCGCGGACCUGGACUCGGCGUGCGCCCGGCUGCACUCCCUGCAGCGCCUGCUGGGCUCCUUCGCCGGCGUGCCGCUGCGCUCGCCGCCCGCCACCGCCCUCUUCUCCUCGCCCUCCUCCAAGAGGAACUUCUUACAGGCGUACUUUAGGAACUUCAACCUCUCCUUUUGUGAUACUUACACGAUCUGGGACCUGCUGCGGGAAAUGGGAGGCCCGGACAGCUUGGAUUGCAGCGUGGAGAACCUGAUGGUGGAUCUGGUGGCGGCGGCGGCAGGCGCGCUGGGCGGGGAGGCGUGCAGCAGCUGCGUGCAGGCCUACCAGCGCCUGGACCAACACGCUCAGGAAAAAUACGAGGAGUUCGACCUCUUGCUGGAGAAGUACCUGCAGUCGGACGAGUACUCGGUCAGGUCCUGCAUCAGAGACUGCAAGGCUGUCUACAAGGCCUGGCUGUGCUCCGAGUAUUUCAACGUGACGCAACAACAGUGCCGACACCGGAUCCCAUGCAAGCAAUACUGCCUGGAGGUGCAGACCAGGUGCCCGUUUGUGUUACCGGACAACGACGAGCUGAUCUAUGGAGGCUUGCCUGGCUUCAUCUGCACGGGGCUGCUGGAGAGCCAGCUGCCUGAGGAGGAGGCCAAGUGCUGCGAGGUGCAAUGGGACUCCUGCGACCACCCCCCGGACAGCAGCUCCGACACAUCCCCCAAAUCCACGGCGUCAGAGUCGCUCCAUUACCACCGCCACGACCCCCACCUCCAUCACCAGCGGCAGAACCACUACCAUCUCUACCACCACCACCAGUACCACCACUCCCCGUCCUUGCUGCCGGUCUCCGCAGGGUCUCGCCUGGGCAGCAGCAGGAUCCGGCUGUGCGUGCUGGUUCUGAUGCUCCUCCACACCAUGGUGUCUUUCUCGAGCGUGCACGGCGGCGGCGGGGGGCUCGGCCCAGAGACCCUGCCCUCCUUGGAUGAGAGCGUGGCGCGGGACGAGUGAUGCGGAAGGCAGAGCCGACCUCCGAGAGGAAACGCCAGAUCUUUUUCCACGAAAGGGGGCACAUGCUAUUCCUCCAAUGGGAGGCACGGGAUCGGGGGUGACGCACACAGACACACCCCCACACAUUACCCCCAAGAGCUGCUCGCCGCGGGGCAUCCCCGUGAUGAAGAGUCUCUAAUGCGCACAGGGCUGCGGGACUCGGCGGUGAGAAGGGUUCAGUCAGCAGCAGCCAGGUGGCUCGGUGUGGGGCGGGAUGGGGAGUGGAGGGGGUGGGACCCCUCGGGAGGUGGCCCCAUGGGUACCACAUGUGCCUUGGGUACCCACCAGCUAUGUGCCAGGAGCGUGGAAAUCAGCCUAACCCCCAUUUCUCUUCUGUCCAUAAAGCCCAGCACCCCGUGGUCCCAAAUGGGUGGGAAGGUAUGGAGACAGCAUCUCUCCGCAACCCUCCUCUUCCCGUCCCUGGGGAAAACCCAACAAGGCAAAGCAGUCCCUACACGGCCUGGCCGGGCUUCUUCUGCUGCUGGUGGUGCUGGUGGGGCUGGAGGAUGCUGCCCUAUGGUGCUGGUGGGGUCGGUGGGGCAGGAGGAUGCUGCGCUGUGGUGCUGGUGGGAUUGGUGUCGCUCGGCCCAGCGCUCCCUGCUUUGUAACAUGAUGGUUCCAUUUACCAUCUCUUGCUUGCUUUCCCCAUGGGAGAGGCUGCUCUCGGGGAGGCGUUAGGGAGACGUGGUGAAGCUGAGGGUGUCUUCAGCUUGCAGUGGGAUCAAGGCUGGUAACAAUUGGAUGAAAGGCUUCAGAGGGCAUCCUUCCAUGCUUCGCGGCCACAAAUCAUCUACUGGAUGGCAGAAGGACUGGGUGAAGGGCUGGAGAAAUCUGGCUGGUAGGGAUGGUCUCCCACACAGAGCAGAGGCGCUAAUAAGGCCCAGCUGGAGAAGGGAGUUCUCCCAAAUGCUUUUUAUCAAUAGUUGCCCCCAGAUCAGAGAACAUUGAGGAGCCCACCCGGGGCAGCGGCGCUUGCUCAGGCAAGGUGCAGCCUCAGUCAAUGCAGACUUUUUAUACCUGAGUUCAGCAUUUCUGGGCCCCAAACAGACACCAGGUCCCUCCCUGCCACGAAGCUCCCAAAUUCUCCAUCCGCCCACAGGGCUCUGCAGGCAGCACGGAGGAGGUGGGGAAGCAGGCUGCAGACAGCUGCAGGGCGCUGCGGUCACAGCACGGGUGCACACCUGCUGCUUCCAUCCCUGCCCCUUCAGGUCAGCUCAGGGUAGGGUCAGGGUGGCCCUGUGGAAGGCAUGAGGAUUGUCCUGCUGUGCCCAGACCCGUGCCAGGGCCCUGUGGAGCAGUGGGGAGGUUCAGGGCGGUGAGCAUUUCUGGUUCCUGGUCUGGCGAGGUGAAGCAAAGCCCACAGUGCUGCUUCUGACCUGGAGGAGGGCAGCACCAGGAACCUUGCAGGAAAGGCUGCUCCCAAUGUUUCCAGCCCAUUCACAGACCAAAGAGGCUCUGAAAAGCAGCUGAAUGUGUGACUUGUGCUUCGACUCGAACCUCAGAGCUCUGGGGAGAUGUUUACACACUACCAGUUACCUGUUACCAAAGUCCUGAGGAUGCAGAGCCCAUGGACUUGUUGUGCAGGGCUGUCGGGCAGGAGAGCUCACGCCUGUGGGAGGCACAGAGCGUUUCCCAGGCAGAUUCUAUUAUGGAUGGCACCCAGGAUGGAUAGGUAGGGAGAUUCUUGUUUGAAUAUUCACGGCAGCAUCCCUGUAUUUGCAGUCUGGUUUACACCAAGCUGGGAACUCAGACGUGCAGCAGCUCAGCAAACAGGAGUGGGGCCGCUCCGUUCGCUGCGGCACCGCGGCGUUGUGGGGAAAAGCGAAGGCACUCAGCAAGAGCGAAGGAGGGAGAGCAGCCGCGUCCCAUUCCUUCUUAAGGAAAUGAGAUUCUUCAUGUACUGCCAAGAGUGAAGCUGAUUCCAGGCACCUCUCCCUGAGAUAGGCUGUGUCCAAUCUGGGAGAAAGCGUGGCCCUGCAUCAGCAUGCGGCCCUGACUCAGCUCUGCUCUUUCUCUGCCCGCAGCUUGCUGGGGGUGCUGGGCCUCUGCCCCAUGGCUACACAGAGUGACAGCAGCGGGGACAGCUUGGGGACGCUGCGUUUGGGUGCGGGGAUGGGGAUCCUAGGCAGGGAGCAGCCAGCUCAGGGUGCUGCUGUGAGGGGCCGUGGCAUUACCUAGUGUGACUACGAGGAAAGUGCUGAGUCUUCACAGAGCGGGGCUGUUGGAAGGAGUUCUUUUAUUUAGCAAGUCUGGGCUGCUGUCAAUAAGUUCUGUGGUUUUCGGGCACCAUAUGCUGUAUUCAACGCUUUGCCAAUGGCGUUAAACAAAUCCAGACGUGGCUGUUUGAGGAGCGGGACGGAGCAGCUGGGAGCGGUGCGUGGCGCAGUCUGACACUGUAGGGCCAGCAGAUAAGAAUCUUCCCUCUGCCCUGACACUGCAACCCCGAUAACCCUCCGCAUCAGCCUUGGCUAGAAGAGAGAAGCAGAAAGCAGACCGGGUGCAGGCUCAGCUGAUAACCCCACGGUUCCCCUUUCAGAGCAUCCCCAGGGGAGCGCAGCCCCACGCAGCCCAUGCAGGAAUUCAGCCCACGGAGCUCCUCCUUUCCUUCCACUCACCGAUCUGAUUUCUCCCCCCCGGUGCUGGGGGUCGGAUGGUGCUGCAGGGAUGCGGCCACGGCCCGUCUGCUGCGCCAGCCCUCUGCACCGCGCUUUAAUGUCGCUGCCAGUUGUACAAAUUAAUUAAAAAUAACUGAAGAAAAAUCCCAAAGAAAGGCCCCGCUUCCUCUGGUGAAGAUUAAUCAUUAGUUGAGCCUUUUUCUUAUGAAAAUACAGAUCCAUGGUAGCCCCAGGCAAAAGAUUCCCAGGGAGAGCCCUCACCAUUCGUGCUCUGAGUUAGGGAAAUCGCUUUGAAAGCAUCUGACAACUAAAGCAGAACAUGUUGAGUAACUUGGCAACACUCUGAAAACAUCUUGAAAUGGUUUUUGUUCAACACAUUUUGCUUCGCUUCAAUAGGAGAUGUCAGGGCAGUUCAUUCACUGCCGCUCAGGGCUGCGGGCGAUGCCGGGAGACGGCUCCUCUGCAAAGAACUGAGAGCCCCGAUCUGUGCUGCUGUGAGCACAGGGGCAGGGUGGUGCUGCCACGUUGGAGCGGCCCGGAGCUCUGCACGGCUGCCUGUCUGCACCCUCAUCCCGCAUCCCCUCUCCUUCAUCCCACGUUCUGCAUCCCACGUCCCAUAUCUCUCAUCCUCCAUCCCACCCACGGCAGCCCUGUUCCCCGCUGCCCUCCCUGCAUCCUUGGAUGCCCGUCCUCAGCUCACGCUGCAGCACGAUCUGAUCCGUGGCCACCACCCCAGGAAGGAGCACCCCCAGAAAUUAAGAGACAAAUUUGAAACAGAAAAAUUAUCCGGAGAAAACGGCUGUGAAAAUCUAUGCAACAUGUCCAGCAAUUUUGUUUAUAGGUUUUUUUGUUUUUGUUUUUGUUUUUUGGAGCUGCCCUAUGAAUUUCCAUCCGUGGGAGCAUAAAUCAUUAUUCCAAGUAUAUUUAGAAUCACAGCACGGCCCGGGUUGCAAAGGCCCACGAUGCUCAUCCAGUUCCCUGCUGUGUGCAGGUCACCAACCAGCAGCCCAGGCUGCCCAGAGCCACAUCCAGCCUGGCCUUGAAUGCCUGCAGGGAUGGGGCAUCCACAGCCUCCUUGGGCAACCUGUGAACAGUGCCUCACCGCCCUCUGAGUGAAAAACUUCCUCCUCAUAUCCAACCCAAACCUCCCAUCUCACUUUAAAUCCUCCGGCCCUGCGCUCUGGAUCCCGGCAGCUCAGGGCCUUCAGGCUCCAUCUGGGUCAUUCCUCAAGCAUUCUGUCACAGUUCCUUGCACACACAGUGUUGGAUGUCCAUAGGGUUGGGCUGCAGCUCAGCUCGGGGCACUGGAAAUGGUGCUGUGUGGUUCCCACCUCCCCAGCAUUCAGAACAUGGGCCCUUCAUGGCCGCCCCAUUGCAGGGAUGGCUCUAACUUUGCUUGCUGUAAAGUGAAACUCACCCUCCGAAAUUUUUCAAUAUAUUUAUUUAUUUACUUUACAAAUUGGCUCCAGCUUAUGAAAUUUGGGUUUGGUUUUGCCAUUUUUAAAUGCAUUUAUUUGGGAGCUGUCCAUGCUUGAAUUGCAAAACAAAAAGCCGUUUCGAGCCAGAUGGCUUUUUGGGUUGUUUCCUUCUUCUUUUCAUUUUGAAAUGUAUCAGGAGGCAUAUUGAUAAUUAGCACUAAUUUUUUUUUUUUCACAUUCAGAAAUGUAUCCAGAACUGCCCUUUCCCACAAAACGUUUCAUUUUCCAAAAAAGAAAGAAAGAAAGAAGAACAAAAAUCAAUCACACUUUUUCUGCUCGCAGUUGGAACUGGUGGCGGUGGAUUUGGAGAGAAUAGCAAUUUGUCAGGAAUUCCAACCAGCUCGACUCAAAAUAGCAAAACAGCACCCAGCCGUUUCUCGGGGGCAGUGGGCUGAGCAGCGCCGUGGUGAAAGCAAACUGGAGAGCUUCCUUCCUUCCUGCCUUCCUUCUUUCCUUCCUCCCUUCCUUUUUCCCUUCUUUCCUUCCUUCCUCCUUCCCUUCCUCCAUUCCUUCCUUUCUUCCCGUCUUUCCUCCUUCUUUCUUUCUCCUCUCUUCCUUCCUUCCUCUCCUCCUCCCUUACUUCUUUCCUUCUUUCAUCCUUUCCUUCCUUUUUUCCUCCCACCCUUCCUCUCUUCCUUCUUCCCUCUUUCCUUCCUCCCUUCUUUUCUUUUCCUCCCUCCCUUCCUUCCUCCCCCUCUCUUCUUCCCGUCCUCAUUUCCUUUUUUUCCUCCCUCUCUUCCUUCCUUCCUCCCACCCUUCACCUUUUCCUUCUUCCUCUCUUUUCUCCUCCCUUCCUAUCUUCCUUCCUCCCGUCUUCCCUCCCUCCAUCCCCAGAGCUGCAGACCUGACGUCCCACCUGUGGCUGCAGAGAUGCUCCAUUGCAGACACCACUGCAGCCCCGGUGGCCGUCGGCCUCCCGCAGCCACCCCUGUGACCACGCUCCGUUCUUCCCCAGCCCGUUGCCUCCCAGCUCCUCCCGACCCGCACAUCACUCCUCCGGCACCGAUGGGAAGCCCUCAAACCGGAGCGUUGUCCAGGGAGUUUAAAUAGGAAGGAAUCAGACCCGCGGGUCCGGCAGGGAACCGCAGGGCUCACGGGGAAAAGCAAGCGCUGCAAAGAGCGACCCGAGGGAGCAGAGGGGAGAACAGGGGCCGGGGCGGCCCGUGGGGGCUGAUGGUGACCGAACCCUUCUCACGCGCUCGGGGCCGUCGGUGGACGCGGGGCCUCGACCUGCGGGGCCUCCCGGCGCCGCGAGGUGAACCAACCAUCCUGCUGAAGUCAAAGUACUUUCUAAUUCCCCCCCCCCGCCCGGUUUUCUCUUUCUUUCCAGCUUUCGUCCUCUGCCUCCCCCCUGCCCUCCCUCUGUUCCCACCCCCCUUCUGUUUCUCUUUCUCCCCUCUGUCAUAAGAAAGUGACUGUGUCCUCGAGGGGACGGUUUUCUUAUGCCAUUUUAUACACUGUGCUUCAUGUUUAGAACUUUUUUGCACUAGUUCCUAUUACAUUUAUUUUCCAAACCGGUUUGACAAAAAACAAACAAACAAACAAAAAACCAACAAAAAAAAAAAGACAAAAAAAAAAAAAAUACAAAACCAACCGACAAAACCAACACAAAACCAUGCUAUAAUUCCGUUGUAUUAAAAAUAUUAUCCUACUACUCUCUGUGUUCAAUAGUCUCUGUACCUGUAAUGCUUUCAGUUCUGUUGUAUCCGGGGCAGAGGUUUGCUCCGCUCCUUGUUUAACCCAGUACGGAAAUAAAAUGUUAAGAGUUGACGAUCCCCUGCCGCUCUCUGUGCCUCGCUCGGGGCUCGCAGGUCCGCGCUGCGCUCCGGCCGUGGCUGCCGGCGGAGCCGGGUCCGCUUUCGUAACCUUCCUUUGUAUUUCUUUUGUUUCUCGCCUUCGCGUUUCUUGCCACGGGGCUCACCUCGGAACAAUAGGGGCGAGGGCUGUCACCACGAGAUCCAUCACGGAGCAGUGACUAAGCCGGGGUAUCCGAACGAUGCCCGGCUGAAGCCCACACCCGCGUGUAAUCUGGAAUUAAUUCAUCUGCACGACAGAUCGCGGCACGCAGCGGAGCCGGGGCUCUCUGCCCCAAACGGAGCGCUGCGUGCCCGCCUGCAAAGCUCUGAAGUUACGCUUCGGCCGCCCCCACCCUGAGCUGCGAGCUCUGAGAUCGGGAAGAUGGAGAGAGAGAAGGGGGGAAUUAAGGAUAAAAGGCGAUCGGUGCAGAAAAGACAACCGCAGGGUGCUGGAGAAGCAGAUGGGGAAAAGCGGGGGCACUAACGGGGCACGGGCAGCUGAGCGGGGCUGGCGCCGUACUGCUCAAUGCCGCGGAAAGCCCCCGAGCUGCUGCACGGCGCAGGGGGCAGCAGCUGAGCACAAGUGUGCUAACAACCUUCCCUCCCACAGCCGUCUGCAAUUGCCAGCAACGAGCCUUACCGCAUAGAUGUGCUGCUGGGGCACCAACCCCCCUUCGGUUUGAAGAAGCAAACCAUCUGCGUUCCUCUUGGAGGGCGCUUCAGAAGCAGCACGAGCUCCGUUUGGAGUUCCCAGAACCUGGAAAGCAGAUGUGUGCAGGUAGAGCCCUUGCUGUGCACUUGGGUUCCUUCACACCGCUCCAUCCCUCCCCUCUUAUUGAGGAGGAUCUGCAGAGCCCUGCGUGAGCCCUAGGCUGUGCUGCUGGCACAGGCUGUUUGGAAGCCCACAUGGACCAGAAUGAACCACCUCCUCCACCUCCCUGGCCAGGUAAGGAUGUGGCCAUUUGUCACCUGGUGCAGAACUUGCUGCUGUUUGGUGCCUGGAACAAAUCAGGUGCUUAGGAAAGGGAGAAACUCUACAAACAGAUUAUGUAAGAGGGGGCCAUGCCACUUUCCUUAGAGCUCCCUCCUGUAGGAGGUCAGAAGUGUAACCUGGUGCCCCUGACGUAUGAAAAUAAGGCCAAAUCAAAAUGGUCUCCACGAGGAGAAGUGUGCAGGAGCUGCUGGUGGAGAAGCAUAGCUGUCAGCAGUGGGGGGUUCUCCUAUCACUUGGGUAGACGGGACCAUGCUUAGACUCAGCAAAGCAUACAUAGGGGUCUAUGUCCAGAGCAGCUCUCAGGUGCAGUCAAUGGGCUGAGGACACAGUGCAAUGCAUUGUGCUUCUUGGGAGAUGAGCUGAGGGUCAGCACUUCCUUCAGGCCAUGAGCCACCACGUGAGUCACAGAAACGUGGAACGUCCCAAACUGGAAGGGAUGUACAGGAUCACAGAGUCCAACCCUUGGCUCCACACAACACCGCCCAAACCCUAUGGUUGAGAGUGGUGUCCCAGCACUCCCUGAGGUCUGGCAGCUUCAGGCUGUGCCUGCUGCCCUGGGCAGUUGUGCCGUGCCCACCGCCCUCUGGGGCCUUCCUUUGACUUCCCAACUCAGCUCGCCGUUCCCUCGAGCCCCAUCUCCGGGCAUUCACUCCGCAGCACCGCUCCUGAAGCGUCGACGUGCGGUUAAUGGGAUCUGCGGGGAUGGCGGCAGUGUCCCUACGGAGCAGCUCGGGAUGCUGCGGGGCCGUGCGGGCGCUCCCAUGAUGUGCAGUACCACGCCUGGCCGCCAGGGGGCAGCACCGCGCCGCCCGUAGGUCCCACCUGCAGGGGCCGGGCUGCGCACCGCGAUGUGCGGCACGGCUGGGCGCGGGGCUCGGCCUUCCCGCGUGUCGCAAGGAGGCAUCGGAAGGAAGCGGUGCGGUCUUCAAGCGCGGACAUCAUCACGCCAACAUCACAGUUCUACUCCAGAACCUUUUCCGAGCUCCUGAAGCUGCUUUGUCUCCUCUGCGUGUGCGGCCGCUCAGAGUUGCGAGAAUUGGGCUGUGUGUCACCGUGGGUUCCAUCACUGACAUCAACGCUUGGACACGAAAUGGUGAAUCCCAAAGUGAUGCCUGUGAGCCGUUGUUCCCUGCACUCCUUGCUCUGUGCUGAGCAGGGAGCCUCUGGCUGUUUCAGGCCCUCUGAGCACCAGCGAUGCUCAGAGCAUCGUGCCCUGCUGCUGGGAUGAGCCCUUCAUCAUCGGUUCCUUUUCAUCUCUAUUUGGUUUUGUUGAGGAUCAAACAGGUACCUUGUGUUGAGUGAUGGGUUCUGUGGCUGGAAAGUUGGCGUGAUGCCUCCUCAGAGGACCGAUGAAACUCUUGUAGCUGGAGCUGAAGAAAUUAUUAAUGAUCGUAAUUUCCCACAACUUUUGCCUGGAGGACUCCUUUGUUCUCUUCUUUGUCUAAAAGUUGUGUGAAGUAAGAGCUCACAAUUUAUUCUGCAUUAGCAGCCCCUUUGCCAUAGCAGAGCAGGCACUGCCUGCAUGGGCUGUAGGUGGAUCCAUGUGAGAUCUCUGAUCCAGAUGGGGCUUUGCUCUGCUUUUCCUGCCUGGGCUCUGCUUUGCUUUACUCAUCACCCAGGCACCGCACGUGGCACUCAGCAUCCUGACUGGUUUUGGAAGGAAGGCUCCAUCACAUCGAUGUUCUCAGUGAAGGCAACAUCAGUGCCUUUAAUUCAGCUUUAUCUGAAUUAACUCUAACCGCUUUCUUGGGCUGAAGCUGUCUUCCCUUCUGCAGCACAGCUCCAACCAGGGAAGGUCUGCCUCUAGUUGCCAUCCUCAGCAAGCCGCUGUUCCUUGCUAUGUAGGCCGUGGCACUCUGAGAAGCUCACUCCUGGUGAGGGUGAUGGAGAGCCUUCAGCUGGUGAAGGUGAGAGCUCAGAAUGAGAUUCUGGAGGUGAAUUUGGUGGUGCUGGAGAAGCGGUGGCUGUGCUGUGCCACCAGGUGUCCGAUGCUUUGUGCUGGGACACCCAGCCCUCACGCUGCCCUGGGGCAGCAUCCUGCAGGGAGAAGUGCAGGAGGUGCUCUCUUCCCUUUGAGGAGGGCAAGGUGAUGUGCUACCAAGGAUCACGGAGCCUCUCUGACCCGCUAAACCCAAAGGAUGCUGGAUUGCAUCCAAACCGUCUUCACCGUGAACAACCAAGACGAGGCCUGAACAGGAUGGCAGGAGCUGC